AUGCCGCCAGGCGCCUACAUCCUAUCACCUCUAGAAGAAGCCAGUCGCGACCCGGAGCAGAACUAUGGCUUUGUUGUAACUUGGCUCACGUCCCACCAAGAGUCCCGGGCUACAAGCUAUUCCGUCCGAAAUAACCUGGAUUUGGGAUCCCUCUCUGCUCCCACAUCGCCCACCACGCCCGGCGGUCAGACGAGCCCACGUUACCCUAUCCCUUUGAAAUCGCCGGUGGGCGGUACUACCAGCCACUCCCAGCCUUCGAGCCCGAUAUCCCCGACAGCACCGGGACCUCUUACCUCUCUGAUCGCUCGAAAUUUGGCGUUGAAGAGGAACAAUACACUGCCGAGCUCGAAAGGGACGAGCACAACCGCUGCCACGGGUUUAGCGGCGCUGGGGAACAGCACGUAUAUUGGUGCUGCUGAAAAGUCGUUUGCGGCCUUCAAGGUGUUGCCGAUUGAUCCUGCCAGGAUUCGAAGGUCGAGCAGUGCGUACUCGGAGAUGUCGGAUGAGUUGAAGGAGGCGUCGAACUGUAGGGAGGCGGCAGAGAUGAUUGUGGAUACUAUCCAGCGAGCUUGUGAAGAUGUUGGGAAUGGGCAUCCUGCGUUUGUUAUCGAGGAGGAUAUCGUUAGUCUUGCGGAAGCACAGCGUAUGACGAGUGUGUAUGCGAAGAUGGAGUAUGGGGUCAAGCGACUGUUGUGGUUGGGAGGCUGA